AUGUGCGAGGGCGGUGGUGUCGGCGGCUGCGCUGCUAGUGAUGGUAGUGGUGUGGAGGGUGGUGUUGGGGGGCGCGCAGAUGCGUUCAGCGCGGCGGCUCGGUCGGUGCGGGCGCUCGGAGCGCGUCACCACGAGCUGCUAGCGUGGCCGCGCGCGCACUGGCCUCGCCUCGCGCUGCCAGCACUUUUCGCCGAGGUCUUCGACAUACCGAAGGUGGACGACGACGUUGACACCGCGCCGCAAUCACCGGGCGAAUAG